AUGCCAGCUAACCUUGGCUACAUGUCUGCAAUGUUGUACAACCAAAACAACUGCGCAUCAGAAUCCUCUCCUGUCACAAGUAAAUACGAAAUGGAGGUGGGCAAAGACCUGUGUGUCAUGGUGGGGUAUGACAGGGACAGAUGUAUGGGACAUCUCACCGCUGGGGGGUCUGUAGCCAACAUUGAAGCAAUUUGGGCGGGAAGAAAUGUGAAGUACUUUCCACUGGGACUACAAGAAGCUUUGCUGAAGGACAAAAGACUUUCUGGUGCCAAAAGUUACAAGGUACGUUUCCCUGUUUUACUUACGUUCUGGUUUAUUUAUCCAUGCACUUUACCUCUUGCAUUGUUUAGGCAUAAUGUGGACGGAUAGAUUUGGUAGACUAUAUAUAUAUAAGAAAAUACCAUUUUCAGUUUGGCCAGACGUGGCAAAUGAACAUUAUUUUCUAAACUGCGUACCGAAAAUAACUUAUUUAUGCUCUAAACUCGGUAAUAAUGAAACACACACAAGCAAAUACAAAACACAAUAAUGAAUUUAUUGUAUAGGAGGAAUAGGUCGGCAGUGCUAUAAUACGACCUCCUAACAAACACAACUUACAUGAUACAGAAGUAUAAAUGAUAGGAAAAAUACAAACUGAAUCUAAACUCACUCGUACAAAAAUUGAAUAAAUUAAAUUCUAAUGUGUAAAGGAACAUAAAGACGCGAGUCGACUUUAUCGCGGACAUAGCCGUCAUUAGCUGAAUCUGACUUCCACCUUCCGUGAACUUUGAAAUGCCGUUCUGGAACACUCUGAUUAGCAGCGGAAGUAGCUCCUCCGGACCUAAAGCUGUGAUUACUAAACUUAGAAGGGUCUAAUCCAAUAGCUUUCAACUUCUCCUUAAGAAUUUCUCCCGCCCUGCCAGCAGUGAGAGGCUUUGAAGUGAAGAAAUUGCCCUUCAAAUUCUUGUCGUACCGUAAGGAUCUGAAAAAUAAUGAAAUUCUGAGAAAAACAAGGAAUCCUGGCAGCUUCUAAGUACUUAAUAAGGUAUGUAUAAGGGCAAGUAAAAUUGCCAGUCUUGGCAAUAUAAACCCAGGAACCCUCUCUGUACUUAUCAGUCUUGCUAACUUCUAUGAAAAUCUUAUGAUAAAGACCUUCAGUUACAAUAUUAGAUCUACUAAUGCUUAAAAGCUCGGAAAUGCGGAAAAAGCCAGCAUAUGGGAGUAAACACAUACAGACAAACCUGAUAUCAAGUAAGUUACUACUUUCACCAUAAUGCUGCAAAAUUAAGCCAAGGAUCUCUGGGGUAAUGGGCUCCGCCUUCGUGACAGGUUUACGAGGAGCACGACUGGAAGCCUCAACAAUAGACCUGACAAGAAAGUUGUCACACGGAUUGGGAUUCUCAAAAACUGAUAACUUAUGUACCCAGUUAAUAGCGUAAAAAACGCCGUAAAUGGUGGAACUACUUAACGAAUUUUCUAAUAAAUGAUGCAAAUACAAGGAAACUGUGAAAGAAGUAGCUGGAAGAAAAGAAACCUCCCCAGUGCUAUGCAAGCACCACGCUUUAAACUUACAAAAUGAUUUACAAUAAUUAAUAACUGUGUUAUCAGCUCGAGAAUUAAAGGCAGAGAGCCAAAACUUCUCACAAAGUAAAACACCAAACGUCCGACUGGCAGCUGCUUUAACAUCUGAAGCAAAAAAUAGAGAAAAUAAAAUGACAAAAAUGACCAAAGAAAAAAUAUAUCAGAAAAAUACAACACGUAGUGAAAAAAGGUAAGGUUCGGUCCAAGUGGUCCCAAGAAAAACACAGAAAAACAUUACCACUAAGGGCCAAAGUGGCCCCUACGUAAUAAAACAGACCAAGUGGUCCACAAAACAAGGAUCCAAGUGCAUCCCAAAAUACUUGGAUACCAUGUGGUAUGAGUGUAAGAACUCUAUAAACUGCAGAGAAACCCCCUACAAAUCUGAAAAAAAAAAAGGGUGGGUUAACUAAGGCCUUUCUAGGAAAACCGCAAGAACAAAAGACCUGAACGAAAAUUAGGUGAUCCAAAAAGGGAAUUUUAUAAUUACCCAAAACGAAAACAUCAGUACCUAAGGGGAUCUCGAAAAUAUCAGAGAAUAUGGGAGACAAACCCUCGUUGGUAAAAAUUAAAGGCCAAAAUGGGGCGGAAGGUCAAGCAGAAGCAACAAGUGUAGCACGACCGCCAAGGGCAACCAUGUGAUUAAGGACCUUGGGGAAGAGAAAAAUAGGUGGAACGAGCCAAUUAUUCUCGCCCGCCCUAGAAACAGAAAAGGCAUCAACCGCCUCUGUACCAGGGCACCAAAACCUGCUAUUAAAACGGGGCAACUGCGUAUUCUCAUGACUCGCAAACCGGUCCACAGAGUGAGGACCCCAUUUCUCUUCGGCCAAAAGGAAAUAGUCCCUGUUGACCCGCCAAUCAUCAUAAUCCACAAUUCUGCUCAAAAAAUCGGCUCUAUCAUUAGCCGAUCUCGGAAUCCAUUCAACUUCCAAUGUGAUGCAACUGAGCAAGCACAUACUGAAAAUACGCAAAGCUAGGCAUUGCAAAUCUUCCUUCAUGCUUCCUACUUCAACAAAUCUAGCAACACUCUGAUAAUCAGUAUACCACUUAAUAGUGUGCCCUUUAAGUAAAGGCAAAAAAGAUUCUAGACCCAGGGAAACAGCCUUAAGUUCCCUGUAAGAGGAGCUCUUCUGCGCCUCAUCAACACCCCACAACUUGUGAGAUAUGGUGUUGUGAAGAUCUAACAUAUAAUUGGCACAGCCUGUAGAACUCGCAUCGGAAUAACACACACGGGAAUAACGGAACUGUGUAGACAAGAGGCGCCUACUGUUUAGGAAAGGAAUGUUCUCUUUCCAAAAACAUAAUUCAUUCAGAGUUGAAACCGACAGGGAAAUUUUUUCCCGUCCCAUGUAGGGCUUCUAAAAAUAUCAAAAUGAGAAUACCUUGUCAUAAUACGAGUAAUGUUACCAAAGACGAAACCCAUUGAGAUAAUCUUACCGACAAACUGAGCCAAUUUUCUAGCAGUACUAGAAGGAUACAGAGAACGAAUUGAAUCAAUAACCUGUACGACACUGAGAAUCCUAACUGAAGGAAUGAAAAUAGUAUGAACGGCUAACAACCCAAGAAAAACCUAAAAAAGUUUGAUGUUACUGCAAAAUAUAAAUAUGGUGGUAGCCAGAUUGAGAUCAAAUUUACACAUGAAAUGAUCAGAAGGAAGAUAAACACAAGCGUUUCUAAUAUCCUCAAACUUAAACUUUUCUUUUCAAAUAUGUUUAUUGGCAUGCCUGAGGUCUAAAACAACCUCUUCUUGCCGCAACUCUGUAUGGAAACAGACAAGGGAUUGACAACAUGAGGAGGACUAGAUACUUGAACAACUGAACCUGACAAAAUAAGCUCUUGGAUAGCCUUCAGAACAAAAUCAGCGUGCAUAAGUGCUGAAUGGUUAUUGUCAAAAAACGCAUUCUGAGGAAAUAUAAUAAAGGGUAUGGCAUACCCCUUGUCAAUAACCUGGAGAAUGAAAUCAUUUGCACCUUACGCGUUCGCCCAAAAACUAAAAUGAGCUUUAAGCCUACCCUUAACCGAUACAAUACUAUUGGGAGAAUUCUCAAAUUCAAAACACACCUCUAAAGCUGGACCUUCGUCAAAAAUACCUUCAAGAGUUUCUUUUACUGCUUUACUAUCAGCAAUGGAACUACUGCUGCCCAGAAGAACCGCUGUCUUUACUUGACAAACUUUGGAUCUGUUUGUAGGUUGAUCCGGCAGUGAAGAAUAAGUUGGGGCAACUUGCUCUCAAAUGGCCGGUCUUGCCGCAGGCGAAGCAGAUGUCAUAACGGCCUUUAACAAAGGCGCCCUUCGACAUUUGAGGACGAAAAUUAGUAAAAUUUCUUGGAGUGAUAGAGGAGACAGCCGAUGAAAACCCCGAGGAAGUCUCUGGACGCUGAAUGACCUGUAAAGAAAAAAGGAAGAAAGAGGAAACUAAGUGACGGUCGAUUAUAGCCACUGAAAUGACCUAAAGUGAGAGCACAACACGUGGUGAACCUAUUUAAACACAACCCAACAAUAAGCGUGAUGAACACGCCUGAAUGCGGUACGCAUUACGUAACCUCCAUUCGCACGCAUAAUUCCCAACGCACCGAGCAUAAAUACAUUUAUUUUCUAAACUGCGUACCGAAAAUAACUUAUUUGUGCUCUAAACUCGGUAAUAAUGAAACACACACAAGCAAAUACAAAACACAAUAAUGAAUUUAUUGUAUAGGAGGAAUAGGUCGGCAGUGGUAUAAUACGACCUCCUAAACGCUAAAGAAAAUAAAGAACGGGCAAAGGAAACGAAUAAAAGUAACAAAUAAAAUACUCAGCUUCUGUCCCGACUUCGCACAGCGAGCGUUCUUCUUCUUUCGCAACGCUCUCUGCUCAGCAGCACGGAUCUUCUUCCCGUCUUCAGAACCGGAAGCGACUUCGUCAGAAAGAUACUCGUCAACUGCGGCCCAGCCAGCUUCCGAUUUAUCCGCUAUUCUGAUGAGCUUGUUUCUUCGCUUUAUGGCCUUUGAAGCAGCGUUGAGGGAAUCGUCGAGUUUAAGAAUCAGCGCUGAAACUUGAUGAUUCUCAGAGUUUUCAAGAUCGACCAGAGAUUUCAGCGAAUCGACAAAAGAAAGACUAUGAGUGACGUGUUCCAAAAUCUCAGUAUUAAUCGAACUGCUUCUUGUUGCCGCUAAACUUGAAGCUUAAGCUCGUUUCGGUCUUAAGUUUAAUUUCUUCACCAAGGAUGAAGACGAUUUGAGUUGAUCAUCAGAAAGCUCACGCUUUGAAUGUGAAAAUUUUUGAUCAAAGUAAGACCUUAAGUCUUCAAAAGACCCAACAGAGAUAACUUUGGGAUCCUCCACGCCUUCCUUAUCACACAUGAUAAGCAAGCUAAAAAUUAAGAGACGGUCGAUUAUAGGCGGUCGAUUAUAGCCACUGAAAUGACCUAAAGUGAGAGCACAACACGUGGUGAACCUAUUUAAACACAACCCAACAAUAAGCGUGAUGAACACGCCUGAAUGCGGUACGCAUUACGUAACCUCCAUUCGCACGCAUAAUUCCCAACGCACCGAGCAUAAAUACAUUUACUUACCGUGGAGAGUGUUAAGAAGGCACAAAGACCAGAAAGAAGAAAACUAAUGGAGUUUCUGCUUUAAAUAACUCUCAUAUGCCAAGUAAACAUCUGCGAUGAAAUUAACUGGAUUGAGUACACAUGGCGUAAAGAUAUUGCAUCGUUUAAAUCACAACCACUUACACUGUAUAACUUAGGUUCUUUUCACUGGAAACCAUUCAUAUUUUUUUUGUUUGAUUUUUUUAUUAUUAUUGAUUUGUUCAACAUUGUAUGUAAGGUUACAAUAUUUUGAUAGUGCUUAAGAAAUAAUUACAAUAUUGAACAGGAAGUCUCAGAAACCUUUCUGGUCUUAUCGAGGAGACUCCCUGUCAGUUUUCAUCAAUUUCAUUUGAUUAUGAUGACAUAGACGAUUUUGGCUGAGAAAAAUGCAAGGGGUGACAGGCCGCACAUCCAUACCGGCGUGAAACCUUGUGUAAACCUUUCAUAUUUUAGCUCUAACGAGCAUGUCCUUUAGGGAUUUUCCUUUCUUGUAGGAAAUGAUAGGUGGUUCUUUGAAAAUUUGGCGAAGUAACGGUUGGUUUAGUAUAAGAUUCCAGUUUUUCAUUAAAACUUCUUUUAAAGUAGACACUGAGGGCUGGUACUGUGUCACGAAAGGCAAUAUUUCUUUUUCCUCUUUGUUGUUGUGUUUCAGGAGAGCAGACUCCCUCUCUGUGAACUUUAUAUAUGAUAGAAGGUUUUCUAUCAUAGUUUGUGGGUAGCCUCUGUCAAUCAAGCGUAUUUUGAAAUUUGAAAUAUUUUCCUCAAACGUAGUUUUUGAGGAGUUUGUUCGUAGGAUUCUCAAGGCUUCUCCUUUGACAAAUCCUUUUUUAACGCUCGGCGGGUGACAAGAGGUGAAAUGUGUGUACUGGAAGGUUUCCGGUUUUUUAAAAUGUGUCUUUACAUCAAGGAUAGAUUUUUCCUUGAAUCUUGUGCCUUUGUAUACAAUCGUGUCUAAAAACACAGUCUCAGUGUCAGAUAUUUCGGCCGUGAAUUUGAUAGUUGGGUGAUGUAAGUUCGCUUGUUCGAUGAAUGCUUCGAUGUCUGGUUUACUGAUGUCCCAUAGGGAAAAGAUAUCGUCAAUGUAGCGUUUCCAAACUGUAGGUUUAAAAACGGUUCUGCUUAGAAUUGUUGUUUCAAUAUGUGCCAUGAAAAUAUUGGCAAAAGAAACUGCUGUCUUUGUACCCAUUGCAGUGCCAUGGGUUUGUAAGUAGUGUUUUCCAUUGAACUGGAAAGAAUUUUCUUUGAGGAUUAGUCUAAGCAUUUCCCUCAGGUAAUGUGUAGGAAUAGGAGGGUUGUCUUUGUAGAAGUUUUCAUAUGCUUUGCAGACAAUUUCAAUGCCCUCGUUUUGUGGUAUAUUUGUGUAAAGACUUGUGACGUCCAUCGAGACAAGAAAUGUUCGUUUUUUCACCUUUGUGUUUUCAAUAAAAUUUAUAAAGUCGGUGGUAUCUUUAAGGUAUGAUUUCUGUAUUUUUGAUAUCGGUUGUAGUAAUGUAUCAACAAAAGAGGAAAUUCUUUCUGUUGGACCAUCGCAGCCGGAGAUAAUUGGUCUCCCUGUAAUGGUUGGCUUGUGAAUUUUCGUUAGAGUGUAGAACUCUGGUAUUCUGGGUGGAUUAGGUGUUUGAGAUAGCCAUUUUCUUGUCAUGUCAUCAAUAUGAUUUUCACGGUGAAGAUCUGUAAUUAGGCGCAAGACCUUGCUGUGCGUUUCUUUCACCAUGGGUUGAGAGAGAGGUCUGUAGUUAUGUUUGUCUUCGAUUUGUAUUUGACCCUCUCUUAUUUUGUCGGUUUUGUUCAUGACUACUGUAGUGCUCCCCUUGUCCGCUUUUUUAAGGUUGAUGUCUGUGUUUUGCUUUAAUUCUGUUAAAGCUUCGUGUUCCUUGCGUGACAAGUUAUUUUUUGGCUUUGUUAUUUUUAUCUCUGCGAGUUGUGAUUUAACUGCUUCCAGAUAACUCUCGAGGGCUACUGAUGGUUGAACCGGUGGGUUCCAGUCAGAUUUAACGUAGAAAGGGUGAACUUCCCUAUUUUCUCCGUGGAACAUAUAUUUAAGGCGCAUUCGAGCGCGGUUUUGUCGAAGCCUUAACUAAGUUUCACUACCGUCGGCUAGAAAAACAGAAACAGAAACUACAUAAGGAAAUGUCCUUGGCAAACCGUAAGGGCCGCAAGGACAGCAAAAAUGUAAACGUAUCUACUACAGAGGAUCGUGAUGAAAUCAAAGCUUUAGCUUCAAAACUAAAAGAGCAAUACGAGUACCUUUUGUCAAAAAUUAAUAGUGACACAGAGAAUAAAAAUUGUGAAAAGUACUCACAAAUGUCUGUUAAAUGUGUGAACGACACCGUGGUUGGGUCAAACAAAAUUACAGGGAAAUCAUUCUCUAGAAAAAUACAAAGGAAAACCGCUACACGCAAAGAAAGGAGAAAAAAGUCUUCCAAGAAAAAAGUCAGUUAUCAAACUACUAAAGGGGGCAAAUAUAUUAAGAACCUCUCAAACAGAAAAUUAACUGACGCACAAAUUAGUUUAAUCUCUCGAGGUCUCAAAUUUAUACCAGUCAACAAAUCUAUUAACAGAAACAAAAUACGACGACAGUUGCUACGAGAUUUUGAAAAUUUUGCAAGGCGAAUGCGCCUUAAAUAUAUGUUCCACGGAGAAAAUAGGGAAGUUCACCCUUUCUACGUUAAAUCUGACUGGAACCCACCGGUUCAACCAUCAGUAGCCCUCGAGAGUUAUCUGGAAGCAGUUAAAUCACAACUCGCAGAGAUAAAAAUAACAAAGCCAAAAAAUAACUUGUCACGCAAGGAACACGAAGCUUUAACAGAAUUAAAGCAAAACACAGACAUCAACCUUAAAAAAGCGGACAAGGGGAGCACUACAGUAGUCAUGAACAAAACCGACAAAAUAAGAGAGGGUCAAAUACAAAUCGAAGACAAACAUAACUACAGACCUCUCUCUCAACCCAUGGUGAAAGAAACGCACAGCAAGGUCUUGCGCCUAAUUACAGAUCUUCACCGUGAAAAUCAUAUUGAUGACAUGACAAGAAAAUGGUUAUCUCAAACACCUAAUCCACCCAGAAUACCAGAGUUCUACACUCUAACGAAAAUUCACAAGCCAACCAUUACAGGGAGACCAAUUAUCUCCGGCUGCGAUGGUCCAACAGAAAGAAUUUCCUCUUUUGUUGAUACAUUACUACAACCGAUAUCAAAAAUACAGAAAUCAUACCUUAAAGAUACCACCGACUUUAUAAAUUUUAUUGAAAACACAAAGGUGAAAAAACGAACAUUUCUUGUCUCGAUGGACGUCACAAGUCUUUACACAAAUAUACCACAAAACGAGGGCAUUGAAAUUGUCUGCAAAGCAUAUGAAAACUUCUACAAAGACAACCCUCCUAUUCCUACACAUUACCUGAGGGAAAUGCUUAGACUAAUCCUCAAAGAAAAUUCUUUCCAGUUCAAUGGAAAACACUACUUACAAACCCAUGGCACUGCAAUGGGUACAAAGACAGCAGUUUCUUUUGCCAAUAUUUUCAUGGCACAUAUUGAAACAACAAUUCUAAGCAGAACCGUUUUUAAACCUACAGUUUGGAAACGCUACAUUGACGAUAUCUUUUCCCUAUGGGACAUCAGUAAACCAGACAUCGAAGCAUUCAUCGAACAAGCGAACUUACAUCACCCAACUAUCAAAUUCACGGCCGAAAUAUCUGACACUGAGACUGUGUUUUUAGACACGAUUGUAUACAAAGGCACAAGAUUCAAGGAAAAAUCUAUCCUUGAUGUAAAGACACAUUUUAAAAAAACGGAAACCUUCCAGUACACACAUUUCACCUCUUGUCACCCGCCGAGCGUUAAAAAAGGAUUUGUCAAAGGAGAAGCCUUGAGAAUCCUACGAACAAACUCCUCAAAAACUACGUUUGAGGAAAAUAUUUCAAAUUUCAAAAUACGCUUGAUUGACAGAGGCUACCCACAAACUAUGAUAGAAAACCUUCUAUCAGAUAUAAAGUUCACAGAGAGGGAGUCUGCUCUCCUGAAACACAACAACGAAGAGGAAAAAGAAAUAUUGCCUUUCGUGACACAGUACCAGCCCUCAGUGUCUACUUUAAAAGAAGUUUUAAUGAAAAACUGGAAUCUUAUACUACACCAACCGUUACUUCGCCAAAUUUUCAAAGAACCACCUAUCAUUUCCUACAAGAAAGGAAAAUCCCUAAAGGACAUGCUCGUUAGAGCUAAAAUAUGAAAGGUUUACACAAGGUUUCACGCCGGUAUGGAUGUGCGGCCUGUCACCCCUUGCAUUUUUCUCUUAUAGUAAAUAAAGUUUUACAUCAUCAAUACUAUAUAUGUGCGUACAUCGAAUAUAUAAAUAAAAUAUUACAAAUGCGGCAUCACUGUUUCAUUCUACCUCUUCACUCAUCAGAUGAAUAUUCUCAAAAAGUUUAAAAGAAUAACUUGACCGACCAUCUCUUAUGUCAUCCGUCAAGCUAUUAUAAAUUAUAUCUAACCCCUUGUUUGCAACAGUAAAUUAUCGUACAUUUGUUUUACCCAAGGGCUUAUGUAGACGUUUGUAUAAACGAGUGUUAUGAUCAUGGAUUUCAUUAUUUUUCUUAAAAUUAAAAAUUGGUUAACGCUCCAGGAAGUUGAUUUUGUGAGGACUGAUAUUUUAGACAUUCAACAACAAAUUUAUUCAUCUGUUAAAUAUUGAGAAUAUUAAAUUGUUGAAAUAAAGAUUUCGACAAAUGAUUAUACUUUUUUAAAAAACAGCAUGAUCCCGACUAGUUUUUUUCUGCAGCUUAAAAAUCUUGUCUAGAUUCCCUCGACUCUCAAAGUUUGUCUCGCUUCAGACAGAGAAACAUCGAGAUUUUUUUGUUAUAAUAUUAUAAUUAUUAUUUCCUGGCAAAGAGAAGCUAAGAGAAUUAACCAUGUCCCUGUUCGUGAACAGUCAGUGAGUGUUUAGUGACGGAUCCAUAUAUUUUUCUAACUUUAUUUUUCUCCGGUCAGGUUUUAUUGCCUCAAAGAGGAAAAGAAGAAGAAUUAAUCAGCGCUUCACAGUGGGAACUCCUUAACCUUGAUGUCGACACUAUCUUACAAAUGCCUUCAGAUGUACAAGCUUUGGCAAGCCUCGAACAUCAUGAAUUUAUGGAAAUAAUGUCGAAGUACCUUUAUGAGUCCAUUGGAACGCAGGAGUUUGUAAGGCGACAUAUGCUAACACAAAGUCCAUGCAUUGUUGUUCCAAGCACAUUACACAUUUCCUUGACGAAAGCAGCCACAAUCCUUGGACUUGGUCGAGAGAGCCUUGUUUCUGUAGCAGUUGACGAAAACUCGCGGAUGGAUCCUAUUGGUUUGUAACAGUUUCUGUCUAGAACCCCCCCCCCCACACACACACACACACACACACAUACUCACAUACAUACACACACCAAUUUUCUUUUUCUUUUCUUUUUUUUUUUUCAACAAUCAACAACAAAAAACCAGAAAACGGAAACAGAACAAAUAACUGUAGGGUGUAUUUAGUUAACAUUAACAAAAUGCGUAUGAACCAACUUGUGAGUUAUAUAUGGAAGUGAAUUACAAUUACUUACUCUUUGCUUGUAAUCGAUCAUCACAGUUGUUUUUCAUUGAAAGAUAACAUUUACUUUUAUGGAAUUUUAGAUUUGAACCGCAUUCUACAAGAAAAAUUGGAUAAGGAGAUUCCAGUCAUAACGGUAGUAGCUGUCACAGGAACAACAGAGCAAGGCGCCGUUGAUCCAGUGACUGCAGUUGUCUAUUCGCGCGAAAAGUUUAGAAUGAAGGUAAGGAUAACUUGAAGUAUAUCUGACUUCAUAUCUGAAAUUUCUUACACUGUCAAAACCAUUGUACUCAUCAUCAUCAUCAUCAUCAUCAUCAUCAUCAUCAUCAUCAUCAUCAUCAUCAUCAUCAUCAUCAUAAUCAUCAUUUCUUUCUUCAUCGUGAUCACUAAGAUCAUCAAUCGUUUUCGGCGAUGUAUUAAUUAUAUAGAUCCUUUUUACCUGGCACCACUUUCCUAAACUAUUUAUGCCAUAAAUUAGGUAUUACUUUGAAGAAUUGUCUAUUUUAAAAACCCUUGUCUUUAUUUAUAUGAAGGGUCUGAACUUCAGCAUUCACGCGGAUGCAGCCUGGGGAGGAUAUUUCUGUAGUAUGCUGCGCGCGCAGCCGGAGAGCAGUCCUAUGCCGACAGCCAAACAAACAGGAUUUGUUCCAGAAAUGUACCUGAGUUCCUACGUCCACGAACAGUUGUCAGCUCUCCACCAUUGUGAUACAAUCACUGUUGAUCCCCACAAAUCUGGCUUCUGUCCUUAUCCUGGUGGUGCAAUCUGUUAUAGAGACAGAAAGAUGAAUUCAUUUCUGUCAAUCACCAGUAAGGCGCUCUUUUUGCAUGGGAACAUGCUUCUUAAUAAUCUUGGUAUCGAAGGAUCCAAACCUGGGGCAGCUGCUGUAGGGGUCAUGAUGGCAAACAGGGUAACCAUUUAUGAAUCUUUUUCUUUUAGUAAUGUAUUAAAAAAUAGUCUAUAUAAGACAGCCCAAUUAUUACGACUAUUUUUCGACAAAACACCAAGUUAUUUUUCUGGCUCAUGUGUGAUAUCAUCAUAAAAAAAAUAACCAUAGAAUUUGAAUCAAUCUCUUCUGGAAACAAGUGAGCUUGAUGCUUAUAGCACAGUUGUUAUUCUAUGCGUAGGGUGAAAGAGGCAAAGGUUUUCGGUUUCAGUGAUGCACAGAUAUGCGUAUUCUAAGUAAGCUCGAAAUUUGUCAAUAUGGAUGCGAAAACCUCAAUAUGUGUGGCGAAGCCUUUUUCUAACCCUCAGGUCUGGUUGUUCCGCUGGAAACGGAAACAGUAAACAAUUCGAAAAUUUAUCAAAGUCCAUUAAAGCGUAAUUUUUGUACUACAGAAUUUAUGUUUAAAAGAGGGAUUAGUCAACUAUUGUUCUUGCCAGUUGCUUAUAGGAUGAAUAAAGCUUACUUAGUGUUCUUCAAUAUCGUUUUCCUCCUUUCGUAGGUCAUUGGUCUUCACAAACACGGUUAUGGUCGUAUCCUGGCUGAGUGCAUGUUCAACGCAAAGAUUCUGUACUGUCAGUGGGCAACGCUGGCCAAAGAAGACGACAUUUUUGUCAUCAAAACGACGAUUCCUCUACCCAGUUUGACUAACUGGUCAGAGGAGGAUCAUAUUACCUUCAUCAGAGAACGAAUUCUCGCAAAAAGCAACGAAGAAAUUGCUCGGGUAAAUCUUUUAGCUUGUUUAUCUGAAAUCAAGUCACUAGUGGGAUAUUUCACGAUAUACCACUCGCUGGCGUUUCAUAAGUGGUAUUUUACAAGUCAGAGUUAUUAGUCAAAAGUAAUUAAAUAGUAGGAGGUUUUGUACAGCCCAAUAACGUCAGUCUAAUUACUGUUAAUAACUUUUAUACAUAACUCUGCUGUUGAAUGACUCCCGACAACUAAUUCCUAUUCUAAGAAAACAUACGACAAAACACAUGUAGGGAAUAGGCAAGAAACUCUAUCUGAGUGCCUUUCACGACCUUAACUGAUUACCAGUUACAGGUGUAGGUGCGACCAGGCUUUUGCCAGCUAAUCGGAUUUGAGAAAUUUAGGACCAAACGAUCAUUGAUUAAUAGACCGUUUUUAGCUUGUAUGUUUUGUUUUCCAAUUGCAGACCACGUGAUCGUACCUGAGAGAACUGUUUCUUUCAAACGUCGUCCGAUGCACGUGCAUCCACGUGCAUAUGUAUGCAUAAUGUAUGAAAAGACAAAAAGGAAAAUCCCCAGGCGAACAUCAUCACGUGGUCUGAAUAGGGAAAACAAAACUUACAAGCCAAAAUGGUCUAAUGAAAGUUUCAUCAAAGCAGACGUUCCGGGUGCUAUUAAAGCCCUUUGUUAUAAAGGGAACAAUAGCACUUUAACUGACGUCACCUUUUGAAUUUGCUUGCGGUGACAAUUUUUUUUCACUUUAUCAUUGACAGCGAGGCAACUCUUUGAUAAAACGUACAGCAGCAAGGUUAAGUACUGUUUUAUCUUGUCUGUCGUUUAGGAUGAUAAAGCUAUGCUUUACCUAAAAGAAGUGGGCCCUGAUACCUUGAUACCGUGUUUCGCUGUAAACCUGAAAGGAAACCAAAGCGUUGAAGUGUGCAAUGCAAUCAACACAGCGAUAUUCGAAAGGCUCACUCACACAUCAGGGGAACAUACAGCGUUUCGCAUCCCAAUGCUUGUUACCUCAUCAAGUAUGGUGUCCCACGUCCACAGUGUUGCAGCCACAAAUUUCAAGACAAGAUUAGGGGUAAGAGAGAACAAAAAGAAUCGAAAUCUGGUAUAACGAGAAACCUUCUCGAUGCCCUUUCCUUUUCGAAAUUCGAUUUAUAUUUUAAAAGAUCACGUGAUAUAUCUAGGACCAUAUAAAUAACUGAAAAUUAUUGAUGGUUUUUCUUGACCACAGCCAUGAAAAGUGAGGCAGAGUUACGCGUGUCUAAACUGCAAUAUGCACUAAUCUACACGUCUUUCUUUCUUUCUUUUUUCUAUUCAGCUUAACUCAAACAACGACACACCAGUCAAAUAUAUCAUAACAACUUGCAUGGAUCCCUGGGUCACAUCUUUAGAUUUCAUGGACCACGUGUCAUCUGUCAUGAGGAACACUAUUUUGUGCGCAAUUGGAAGGGUAAGGGCUAAUUUACUUUUCAAAAAACCUUUGAUUUUAAAAGGUUGAAUGCCGUUAACACAUCAAUUAUUUAUGAUCAACACUGCUAUUUUCAUCUCUGCUUUAUAUUCAAGGUUACUGAUCCUACUGCCCUCCACAACUUUGUCAGUACGGGAGUUGUCAAUGAACAGAACGAAGUAAUCGCCUGUUAUGUUGGAGAUUUUAACAGAGUGCAGAAGCAGUACGAAGCAAUUGUCAAGUUAAAAUUCAUGCACGACAGGGACGCCGAGAAGUACAUCACUACAGAAAAGAAGUUGUUAAAGGAAAAUGGUGCCCGAAAACCAAUUGUCUUCCGAAGCAAACGGCAAAGACUUCAUGAUUUCUUCUUCAAGGAUACAGGGUACUCUGGUGAAUUGGAGGAGUUCGACUGUUUCAUUGGGUUGCCUUCUGAUAACAGUAACCACCCGUUUAUGAGUCCAAAAAUGAAGAUCAUAGAUGUUCCACGUUACGAACAUUUUGACAACCAUGAAUCUCCUGAGCAAAGUGACUACUUCAUGUACGGUGACAUGAAAAACGUGUUUUUGUUUCACAUCCCUGCCAAGAGUUCCGACUUCUAUCAGGUAACAACGCUCUGUUGAUCCAGUAUACUAUCAUCAUCAUCAUCAUCAUCAUCAUCAUCAUCAUCAUCAUCAUCAUCAUCCUCAUCAUCAUCAUCAUCAUCAUCAUCAUCAUCAUCAUCAUUAUCACUAUCAUCGUCAGCAACAUCAUUUUUAUCAUCAUCGAUAUGAUUCUCAUUCUAAGACCGAAUUUCACAUAACAAGCAUUUUAAGAAACAAAAUUCUUCACCAAUUUUUUUUACUUUACGUCAGAUCAGAUACCAAAAGCUCCGAAUCCUUCCAGGCAAUAAAUAUAACUCCCGGUCAAUUCAUAAGCCAUAUUUCCAUUACCGUUUUUAUUCUCAAGUAAAAAGAUGCAUGGAUCAAAAGUCAUUUUCGCUGAAAACUGAGGAGUUCGUUCGUAAUGAAGCUGUGAAUUGUGCAAGACAUGAGAUUUCUCGAAAAUUACACUUUUCAUCACAUGAACAUUAUGUAAAUUACGUCACAUGACCUCUUACGACCACGGACUCCCAAAAAAUCUUUAAGCAAAAAUGGCAGCCCGUUUAGAUUCGAAGUUAUCCAACUUAAUUGCUACAAGACAACUUACAAUAUAAAGAACUACCAAAUUGUGCUUGGCAACAUUUGAAUAUAGAAGCAGGGUUACAUUAGGAGACAGAUCAUUCUAGCUAGGUCGCAGCUCCGGCACUUUGGAAUGUAUUACCGCGUGAGAUUCGUUCUAUUACAGAUCUAGGGUUUUUUAAGCGCCAUCUGCAUGAAAACGCACCUCUUUAGGGAAGCUUUUUAUUAAUUUAUUAAUUUUUAAUUUUUAUUAUGAUAAUUACUAGUAUUUUAACAUAUGUUGUAUAUUUUAAUUUUAUCAUAGUAUAUUUUAAAUAAUUAGUAGUUAGAUACCCUUUAUUAAGUUAUUAUAGAUAGAUAUUAUCUAAUGGGCGCUUGAUCAUUUCAUGGAAAGCGCGCAAUAUAAGAAUUAAAUUAUUAUUCUUAUUCUUCUUCUUCUUCUUCUUAUUAUUAUUAUUAUUAUUGUAUGUAAUUACUUUUUUAGAUAAACGGCUUUUCUGACUAGUACUCAGUUCCCCCAUUUCAAGUGGUUCCUUUAAUCACACUUUUCCUUUACAAUAUGUUAAAUAAUAUACCUGAAGGCCCUAAAAUUAUGCAACUAAUAAAAAAAGGUUAAGGACACAAGUAAAAGUAUUCCCAUAACCAAAUUGGCAAAAAAUAAAAGUGUGCUUGUCUGACCAAGUUUCGAGCUGCUACCACAAAAGCUUUGAAAGAAAGACUACCCCCCCCCCAACCCCACACACCAAUUUUUAACUGAAUAAGUGGAGACCCAUGCUCUAGUUAACUUGAGUUAUUCUCAUUCUCAUUCUCAUUUUCAGUAUCAUCAUCAUCAUCAUUGCUGAAUAAAAUAGUAACAAUAAUAAUAACAAUAACAUUGUUAUUAUUAUUAUUAUUAUUAUUAUCGUUAUUGUUAUUAUUAUUAUUAGGGCUGAUUAACAAAUCUCAUUCCCUUGUUUUUUCCCUUUUUUUCUCGUUCUACUAAACAUUGUAGAG